AAAGUGCAUCUGGAUUUUCUCAGGGGUGAGAGUGUCACUUUGACUAUGUCGGCAUCUAGUUAGUUAUCUUAAUGUAUAUAUGAUUUGAAUGAAUUUACUGUGCGCAAAUGACCUGUCAGUUUUGCACAUAAGCUUUAUUCAGAUCUUCAUCCUUGAAUUUCCUGAUAUAUCACAUCCCAACUGCUAACUCCCCCUGAUGAAGACUGAGGAAGAAGCAGAUCUGGAAGAGGAGCCCUCUCAGGAGAAUGGAGUUAUUCAGACCACACAGUACAGUUCUAUCUCCCCCCCUGCCUCACCCGUGGGGCCAGAAGAACCCUCCACAUAUUUUGAGGAAAAGGUGCCAAUCCCUGAGGAUGUCACCCGGAUGUUCAGUUUCCGGAAACUCUGGGCAUUUACUGGACCAGGCUUUCUGAUGAGCAUAGCCUAUCUGGAUCCAGGAAACAUUGAGUCUGACCUUCAGUCCGGAGCCAAAGCAGGCUUUAAGCUCUUGUGGGUGCUCUUAGGGGCCACCAUCAUUGGACUUCUCCUACAGAGGCUGGCAGCACGCCUAGGGGUUGUAACGGGAAUGCACCUAGCAGAGGUCUGCAACAGAGAGUACCCCGUUGUUCCUCGUAUUCUUCUGUGGCUAAUGGUGGAACUGGCCAUUAUUGGCUCAGACAUGCAGGAGGUCAUUGGCUGUGCCAUCGCUUUCAACCUCCUCUCAGUGGGCAGGAUUCCACUGUGGGCAGGUGUUCUUAUUACUAUAAUUGACACAUUUGUGUUUUUGUUUUUAGAUAAAUAUGGCUUAAGGAAACUGGAAGCUUUCUUUGGCUUUCUCAUCACAAUAAUGGCUGUUAGCUUUGGUUAUGAGUAUGUGUUGGUGAGUCCGGAUCAGGGGCAGCUGUUGAAGGGCAUGUUUAUGCCCUACUGUGAGGGAUGUGGUCCUCUGCAGCUGGAGCAGGCUGUUGGAAUUGUUGGAGCUGUUAUAAUGCCUCACAACAUCUACUUGCACUCAGCCCUUGUUAAGUCUCGGCAAAUAGAUCGGGGGAACAAGAAGGAAGUUAAAGAGGCCAACAAGUACUACUUUAUCGAGUCAACCAUUGCACUAUUUAUCUCCUUCCUGAUCAACGUCUUUGUCGUAGCUGUGUUUGCUGAGGCCUUUUACAGUAAGACCAACAAUGAAGUGAAUGCAAUUUGCAAUGCAACAGAUAGUCCCUACAACGACCUCUUCCCAAACAACAAUGACUCACUACAGGUGGACAUCUACAAAGGAGGUGUGGUCCUGGGCUGCUUCUUUGGUCCUGCUGCCCUCUAUAUUUGGGCCAUAGGAAUCCUUGCUGCUGGACAGAGCUCCACCAUGACAGGCACAUACUCUGGACAGUUUGUCAUGGAAGGUUUCCUGAACUUGCGUUGGUCUCGUUUUGCAAGGGUAUUGUUGACUCGUUCCAUUGCCAUCACACCCACCCUGCUGGUGGCCAUCUUCCAGGACGUGCAGCACCUGACGGGCAUGAAUGACUUCCUCAAUGUGCUGCAGAGCAUGCAGCUGCCAUUUGCUUUGAUCCCUAUCCUGACCUUCACCAGUCUACCGUCCAUAAUGAAUGACUUUGCUAAUGGAUUGGGGUGGAAGAUCGGUGGAGGCGUGGUCAUUCUAGUGGUCUGUGCCAUCAACAUGUACUUUGUAAUAGUGUACGUGACUACUCUGAACAGUGUGCUGCUCUACGUCUUGGCUGCCCUCCUGUCCAUAUCCUACUUGUGCUUUGUGGGGUACCUGGCUUGGCACUGUCUGAUUGCCUUGGGGGUUUCCUGUCUUGAUGUAGGCAGCAGGGUGCGUCUUGGGCUGUCUGGGCACACUGAUGUCUACCUUCUGAAUGACAUGGACAAUGAUGUAGUGGAGGAAGGGACUCAUCACAGAGGUGGACAUUAGAAGUGGACCUGUGGCUAGAGAGAAAAUACAAGUAUGACCUGAACUAUAAGAGGGACCUAUGAGUCUAAACCAGGACAGUAUUACACUCUGCCUCAGUGUCUUUAAAGUGUAAACACAUUCUGUAAACACAACCUUAUGUUUACUGGUGCCUUAUGCCAUUCCACUUGACAUUCCAAAAGUUGGUUAACAAAUUGGGCUGUCACGGGUUACUUUCGUUAGUGCUGUAAUAGCUUGUUACACUAUUUUACUGUUGAAGUAAAUUAUUGUUACACAGUUUUGUCAGUCUAUGUAGUGAUGUGAAAACCCAAAUCAAAAUCAGAUUUUUACUGUAAUUUAUUGUUUAGUUUGUAGCAAAACCUUUAUUCCAACCUUUUGGCAUAGACUAAAAUCAGCAAUAGUUAUUUAAGAUGUAUACUAUUUUAUUUGUCAUUAAUAUUAA